UUUUUUUCUUCUGCAAAUAGCCAUUUCAUCACUUCAAUUCUAAUUAUGCUCGUUUUGUUUUUAGUUUAAAUUAUGAGUAAAAAAUAUUAUCUGUAAUUUCUUUUUACCUUUGGACAUCACUAGUGUACAUUUCAGUUUCCGUUGUUUAGUCUUUAGAUCAAUUUUGGUGGGAAAUAUAGUCAUUCUUGGAACCCUAGAGCUAGAAGGUGAUUCAGAUCGAGAGACAACAAUGGAGGGUGAGCGCAAUAAGGCAGCGCAAUGGCUCAACUUAGUAUUCACUGAGCCCUAUUACAUGUACCAUUUCCUCGCUUUAUUUUCUUACUUCGUUGUCCGUACAUCUUCAGUCUCAGUACUCAGCCCUACCUUCGCCGAUCGCCUCAUUUAUCGAGAAAUUCAAGCGGCUUUGGCCUUUGGCGUUUUAACUGCUAUCAAGAUGGUUAGAGAAGAAACAUGGGAAGGGUUUAUUGGCGAUACACUGUUUUUCGCAAAGAUUUUUCUUGUUGCCCUUGCUUUAAUGAUGGAAUAUAACCUGGCCCUAUGGUACAUUGUGGCCUUUUCAGUUAUGUAUAUUACAACACAACAACCUGCUUUCCAAGGAUCAGGUGCUUCCAAUAAAUUAACACCACUACAGCUAGAAGCCUUGCUGACUGAAGGGAACACAUCAAGAUUUUGGCUGGUAGAGUUACGCUCCUCCUAUUCAUCUGAUUGUAUUCGCUCAAGUCGUUGCUUUCCUGAGCUCUCAAUUACUUACUCAAACAAAAAUUUAGCUUUUGCAAUGGUUGACCUUGGAGUAUUCCCAAAUGCUGCAGAAAAGUUUGGAAUAUUUCUUGGUAGCAUGGAUCAGCUUCCCUCGUAUAUCUUGUUUGAGAAUGCAACUGCAAUUGCACGUUUUCCAGAGUUUGAUUUUGAACACAAGGGUUAUCAUCCUACCAUAACCAAGAGACUUCUUUCCAGAUAUUUUGAACUUGAUCGGCGCCUUCUUGAGUACGUAAAUGGUAAAUAGACAACUGGCCUUGAAACUCAUUGUGUAGAGGAACUCAAGGUUGAAGAAGAAGUUGAAGAAAUCUGGUUGGGUAUUGUAGAUCGGAGAGGAAGAAAAAACUUGGUUCAGACAAACUGAAGAGAUUUCAGUCAGGUCUUUGAAGGGAGUUCAAAGAGUGUGAUCUGUUGAAGCUUGCAAGUUUAUAGUUCUUCUUUGUCAUUGUUUACUUGUCAUUGUUUCAUUAAACAAUCUGUAUAAUGAAACUUUGAAAGAUUGUAUGUGUGUACUUCUCAAUUUCUUGAAGUAUUUCAGAUUUCUAAUAUCUUUCUUAGAUUAAGAAA